GCUAUUCUUUAGUUUCGUUGUGUCGAAUUCUGAUUGCGAUUCAACGUUAUUGUAUUUACGUAACCGUCAAAUAAUCCAUUCAAGCAGACUAAUCUAGACGCAUGGUCGUCUCGAAAAAAUAGUUACAUUUUAUCGUCGAUAGCUCCACUGAAGCUGCGUGGGAGAGAUGGGACUAGAUCCAAAACAGGUCUCUUUGCGUUUGGACCAACAACUACUUCGUUUCAUGGAUCAGCUUGAGGCUUUGGAGGAAAAAAGAGAAAGGUUGAAUUCUCUCAUAGAACAGGGAUGGUUCUCUAUCUCUAAGGCUCGAUAUUCAAUGGGAAACAAGCAAGUGUCAGCACUGCAGUACGCCAGCGAAAUGGAGCCGUUAGUUCACGUUCACACCAGAAUUCUGGAUAAUGGGGUUGCUGAGUUCCAGGCUGAAUCAACUGAAUGCAAAACAGGGAAUGUUAAAAACUGCUCAGUUGCUGUAGAGAGUAUUGGACCAAACGAGGAAGGCCUGAGGAGACGAAUUAAUAUGAAACAAAAGAGCAUUCAAGAAGAAAAUGUGGCCCAGAAGGAGCCCAAAAAAUCUACAGCUGAGAGAGAACCCCAGGGAACUACAAAGGCUGAACCCUCCGAACCCCAGCAUCAAGAUCCUUUGAAAUGGUUUGGAAUCCUUGUGCCUCAAAACCUGAAACAAGCACAGGGUGCUUUUAAAGAGGUUAUCACAUUGUCAGCAGAAAUUGCAACUCUGCAGAAUGCAAUCCUGGCCACCAGAACAGAAAUGCAGACCCACAUGAAGGAGAAACAGAAGAUACUCAUUGACCCAAUAAACGACUGACACAGACUGGCCAUAUCAAUAAUAUAGUGAUGUAAAUAUGUUUCUGUUUGUUCAUUUUUGUAUGAA